AUGAGCAUGUUUGGUUGCCGUGGAGGGGAAUCGAGUAUAUACCUUCUCACCGUAUUGACCCCUCGUAUUUCAUACUCUACUAAUUAUAUACUUUAUCAGAUUCCCAAGAUCUCCUACCGAUCUCUGUCUCUCCAGCGACUCAGAACAUACCAGGAAGGAUCCUCUACCCUCGAGCAUCCACCACUCCUGGAACGUGUCCAUCAACGUGACUGGUUCAGGCUUUUCCCCCCGCAGGAGGAGUCCGGCUGCCUCAACGGAAUUGGUCUUCUCCACUUGGAGCGGGUCUCAACGAUUCCAGGCCUCUGA